CUUGGGUUUUAACGACUUCACUGAUUCAAUCCCGUCCAACAUAGGCAGCAUGAGCAGGCUAAUUCACAUUUCUCUGGAUCACAACAAGCUGUCUGGAGAGCUGUCUCCAAUACUGGGAAACCUUACCAGCCUUCAAUCGCUCGGCUGUGUGGUGAAACAGAAUCACGCAAGCCCUUUCUGCCAGAAGUGCUCUGCAUUUUGCACUACUUGUGGCAGGCCAGCACCAGAGAACCCAAGCACUAACAACAGUGAUAGUAGUAGUAGCAGCAGCAGCAGCAGCAGCAGCAGCCAGUCCUCAUCUACAACAUCCAGGAGUGGAGGGGACGUUUCAGUGGGAGGCAUCAUUGGCAUUGCCAUUGCUGCAGCUGCCAGCCUUCUUCUCCUGGCUGCCACACUGCUCUACUGCAGGCACAGAAGGCACAAGAAGCAGCAGAGGCAGUAUGAAUUAGCUCACAGCAUAGCUUCAUCGCUGUGCACCGAGUACUCUCUUGCCAAAGUCCUAAAAGCUACCAACAACUGGUCGAAGGACAACCUACUUGGCUCGGGUUCCUUUGGAGAUGUAUACAAGGGGUUGUCUCCCCACGAUGCCACCACUGCAUGGGCUGUCAAGCGAGCGAGGCUGAUAGAUGCUGAGUUCCAGAAAGAGGUGCAUCAAAUGGCGGACAAGAACCAUCCCAACAUUGCAAAGCUGCUCGGUUUUGCUGUUGGAGGAGACAUAAGGACACGGGCAGAGCAAACGCCCCGUUUCCUUUGAGCUUGAGGCAGCGGCUGGACAUUCUCAUUGGUGCUGCACGUGGCUUGGAGUACCUCCACAGCUUUGGCAUUGUGCAUCGCGACAUCAAACCCGCCAACAUCCUCAUUUCA